UGCCACGAACACACUAGCCAGACUAAAAACGCAAGCCUUCAAAGGUGAGUGUCAGCCAGCGCUAGUGAAGCGCCAUUAACAUUGCUCUUUCACCGCUCAGUACUACUUAAAGUAAUAAUAGAACUCCAUGUUUUUCUGUUGAUUAAAAACAAUAAGAUCGGUAACGUGAAUAAAUUAAAACAAUAGUGGAAAUUUCGCCGACAGGGUUUAUUUAAAGUCACAAUAUAAAACACAGCCUUCGGUUUCUUUGUGGCGGCGACCCGCGAGCGUUCCAUUCAUAGCAAGCCAAUCAGAGUGGCGCCUACUGAAGCCUUCCACCCAAUAGCGGAGCUGCUUGUUGUUUGGCCCUGUUGCGGCCGCGGACAGACAGAAGCAAGGGGACCGGUUUGAAGCUAAGCUAAUUCAGUCAUAUUACAGUUAGCAAAUUCUGAUAUUUGCAUUGGUUCCGUUUGCAGCACACGCGUGUAUCUGUUUUCGAAAAAUCAGCGCUUCCUGUUAGUAUUUUAUCCGUUGGGCUAAGAAGCCAAAUCGGGCAUUUAUUUUGGUAAACCGCUUCUGCGCUGCUAACUGAAUCGGCAGCGGGUAGGCGCCAGUCUUGUUUGACAACAGCGCUAUUUGGUCGCGCUCCCUGUGUUAUUGUUUGUAGCUUUUGAGUGAAGGCGCUAAUUUCCUUGAGGUGUACGCGAUUAAGAAAGAAAGCUCUCAAAAGCUAAAAUAAAGCUAACCAUGGCAGAAUUCCUCGAAGAUCCGUCGGUUCUCACGAAAGAUAAGCUGAAGAAUGAGCUCACAGCCAACAAUGUGCCACUUCCGAGCGGCGAGCAUAAAAAAGAAGUAUAUGUGCAGCUGUAUCUGAAAAACCUGACCAUUCUGAAUAACAAGAAGAGUCCGCCUGCAGACACCUUCUCUAGCGACGAAGAGUUACCUGCUCCCGUGGUGACCAACAAAAGUCGAUCCGGAAGAAAAGCUACCAAAAAGACAGACAAACCUCGCACAGAGGAAGUGGAGGUGACAGAACUCACUGAUGAAGAUUUAAAACAACAGCUGGCGAAACAUGGGGUGGACACAGGACCCAUUGUUGCCUCCACCCGUAAGCUGUAUGAGAAGAGGCUGCAGAAGCUUUUGGACCAGCUUCCAGCUGAACCUGAAGCUCCUACAAACGUCACAGCUCUCCCCAAGACAGACAGUAACCAGAACGGCAACACAAAUUCUGACCAGUACAGCGACAAGGAAGAUGAGGAGAUUGCUACCCCUGAAGCAGAGCCAGUUCCUGUGGUAGAGAAGCCUGUGAGAAGCAGAGGGAAAACCCCAGUGACUGUGAGAACCAGCAGCAGACGACAAACCAAGGUGGUGGAGGAAAUUGUUACUGAAGAAACACCCAAGAAGUCCAGCGAGAGUGUGGUUGAAGAUAUCCUCGCCAAUGAAAUCAGCACACCAACAGGCAUCAGCGCGACCUGCAGGCGCCCGAUCCGUGGUGCGGCGGGCAGACCAGUAAAACCAAGCGAAUACUGGAUGAAUGAAUCCCUUGUGCAACACACUGUCCACACUGAGAGCCGCUCUUACUCAGAAGCUUACUCCAGAGUGGGCAGCAGCAGCACUUCAAGCAAAGCGCCGGCCCGACGAGGCUUCCUGUCUGUGUUGCUCAAGCUCCUGCUCCUUGUUGUGGUGGGUGGUUCUCUCUACUAUGCCUACCAGAACCUUGAUGCGGAUCAAAUCAACACCCUCAAAGGUCUCCUGGACAGCGUCAUCGUCCCCCUUCAAGGUGUUGUCAACAACGCAGCCACCUACCUGGGCAUCAGCAACAGCAGCGCUACAGAGAGCCCCGGCAAGUAAAGACCCUCAAGCCCUGUCCACACCAGUUCCCUGCCGCCUGCCACAGCACACCAUAACUCAAGCAGUAAACUUGGCUCACCUCUUCUUUUUACCUACAUGGUUGGACAAAGGACACAGAUUUUAAUUAGAACAAUAAACUUUCUCCUUUCCAGACUCCGGGUUUCCUCCCACCACAGGAGGAAACGGUAGCUUCUGGGUUACACUGUUUUGUGGCAGUCAGAAGAGACUCAUUUUAAUGUUGAUUUUAAUCUGUGAAUUGCUUUGUGUCUUUGUGUGUAUUUAACCAUUGUAUGUAGAAACGAGUGCAGAACAGCCAGGUUAUCCAUGCAUGGUUGUAGUUUUUGAAGGUCAUACUGUAGUAUCUAACUCUCUGUGCCAGGUGUUUUUCUGAUGGUGAAGUGCCUGGACACUUUUAGCACUUAGUGCCCUCCCAUUUUAAAGCACAAAGCAGUGCUACUACUAAUACCAGAAUGUCUACGUGUUUCUGUCUGAAUUUCAAAUUUUGCUCUGUAGCUGUAGAGUUAGGUAGAGUGAUUCAUUAUUUCUACGGUGCUCAGGUCAAUUCAGCUCUAACCUUUUUAAUGUGGUCUGUGCUGGGAGGAGACACGUGGUGUAAUCAGGUCACGUCGCUGCAUGAGGAAAACCUGCCCACGUUCGGGUUAAGGUAUAAGAAUUUUAUUUUAUUUUUUUUCCUUGUGGCUGAUCACUGCUUGACUUAUUGUACACAAGGCUCUCAGUAAAAUUACGAUUGUGAUCACUUUGUAUUGUAAGUAUUGAUUUUUACACUCAAACGGAUUUGAAGAAGAUAUAAUGUAGUUCGGGGAUCUUUUAUCAAAAUCCUCAUCAAUUUACACUCGAUUGUAAAGUAUUGAUAAUUGACCACUUAUUUGACAGCUAUUCCUUAAGGAAAUGAAAAUUGCAGCAUUUGACCGUCAUUAUUGAUUUUUCAGCCCUGCCUGCCGGUGUGCCCAUUUGAGUUUACAUGCUUUUGGUUUUAGUGGUCUGUUGUGCUUUAUUGCUCUUUUUUGUUUGUUUGAUUUUUUUUGUUUUGUUUUGUUUUUUGUUUUGUUUUUUUACUAGAUUUCUGAUCCUUCAGUCCUAAUUGCAGGAUUGGCUGUUGUGCACCCACAUAGCCCACCUCACUGAUUGCAAGUGUCCAGACAUGGCAGAUCUGCAAAGAAGACACAUGGAGAAAGUUAAUCCUUUUGGGACAGUUAAUUGAUUUAUUCUCUUCAUAACUCUUGAAAACUUCUGCCUGUUCAAGUUACCACAAUUAAGACACUGUAGGUGUGUAGGUGAGGGGUUGUUUUGGGGAGGGGGCGGUGCUUUCACUUGCAGGUGAUGUUUGGGGCGGGAAGAUUUUUGGGGCACCUUUGUUUCUAUUUUGCUAUUUUUCUAAAAUGGUGUAAUACAGUUUUUUAUAGCACAUUUUAAGGUAACAUUUGAAAGCAAUAUGUCAUAUAUUCAGCUGAUACUGUAUCUUAAUCUGAUUCUUUCUGACUUAAAAUGAGCGAUUCAUCAUCAGGCAGCUCUCCCACAAUGGACAGAAAUGGUAGGGGUUAUGUGGGUAAGGAUUUUUAAUCUGUUUAUUUAUGAUAAGGUAGGCAGUGUAUCAUAAAAUAAACUUUGUUGUUGCCAGA